GUAAAUGAUAAAGUAAAAUAAGAAAAGAAACGGGAAGUGUGUAGAAGGUAUGAGCAAGUGUGUAGAAGGUAUAAGCAGGGGAAAAUAAGGAAAGAAAUGGGAAGUGUGUAGAAGGUAUAAGCGGGGGAAAAUAAGAAAAGAAACGGCAAGUGUGUAGAAGGGAGAAAAUAAGUGAAGAAAAUAAAGGUUAAAUAUAUAAUAAAUCUUUAAAUAGGAAAAUAAAAUAAAAGUAUAAAGUAAACAUAAAAUAAUGGAAAAAGGAGAGAGAACGCCGGUUGAAAUAAUCACAGGAAAAUAUCCUAAUUGUAAAAAGGAGAUAGAACAUAUAUCAGGAAAAUGGAAAAAAAGAACUAAAAGAAUGGUGACAAAAUGGCCUAAAGAGGGUACGUUUGAUAGAGAAAUAUGUGAUCAGAUGGGAGGGGUAAUAGCAAAUUACAGAACAGGAGACAAGUCAGAAAAAAGAAAGCGAAAAAGAGAACAGGAAAAAAGAAUUUUAGGAUGGUUUAGGUCCGCUUCCCUAGAAAAAUAUGUAGGAAUGAGUGGGGAUCGCAGUGAAGAAAUAAUUCCUCCUCCGUAUGCCCCACAGUCAUCGGGACAUACGGAAAUAAAAGAGAAAAGCGUGUAUCCAAUAGGCCCGGUAACAUCUGCAGUAACAGUGUGUCCAGUAGUAAAAGUACAGGUUCAGAUACAAGGGUGGGUAGAACAUGAGGAAAGUGAGGAACAGCUCGGGAUAGAGAGAGCGCGGCUCGAGGAAGAAAGGGGAAAAAUAGAAAAAAGGGUAACAGAGCUAAAGAGAGAAUACAAGGAAGUGGAGGAAUUAGAAGAGCUGUUAAAAGAAAAAUAUAACCAGUAUGAUGAAUACCAUAGCCAGUUAAUAAAAAAGGCAAAAGAGAUAAGAGACACUGAGAAAAAACAGCAAACGUCUAAAAUAUGCCAGAAGCCUGAACAGGUGGGGUCAAAAAGGGACGAGGAAACACCUAAAAAAUGUGAAACUGCGGGGUGGGGAAAUUUUAGAUGGGAAAAGCUCCCGUAUAACACAUGGGAAGAGCUGAAGAAAAAAAUUACCAAGAGAACAGAUUCCCGAGAUAAACAUAAGACAAGUUUAACAAAAGGCACUACAAAUAAAAAGCAAAUCCCCCAAGCAGAGUAUGAAUUAGAAAACAAUGAAGGGGAGGAGGAGUCCUCCCCAGCAGAAAACAGUGAGGCAAGCCAGGCAAGUAAUAGCGAGGCAGAAGAGUCAGACGGGGGAGAAGGGCCUGCACAAGGGGGGGGGGGGAAUUUAGCUGGGCGAUAUCAAAACAUAAGAGAAAGACCGCCAACCCGGCGUAACCCAGCAGCAGAAGGAUAUAGCCAUAAUGCUAGUAAACCCAAUACUAUAGCACCAUUGUUGAUUAAGGAAGGGGGUGUACCCCGAUACAUUCCCUGGUCCACCCAAGAUAUGCAUAAUGUAAUAACCAAUCUCCCUGAUUUGCAGAAUGGAGCAAGCCACUGGAUCAGGGUGCUGGAGGAGGAGACGACAGGCCGGAUCCUGGCUGUGGGGGACCUGAAGGCUCUCCUGGGAAAGGUUGUGGGGAUGGAAACAAUGCUGGACAUAUUUGAGCAGGCUGGCUUUGACAGAAACCAUGCGCAGUCUCCAGCAGUGGACGGUGGGCCGUUUGAUAACGUGCGUGGGGUUGUUUGGACUGCUCUGCGAGCCUUGUAUCCCGCACGACUGGACAUGGCGGCCUUAACGGGACCGCCGUUAAAAGACAAUGAACCACCGGCGACAUACAUCCACAUGCAGUUGCGCAGGUGGAGAUUGUUAACUAAAAGGGACGUACGGGCAGAUCCCAUAAUGACCACCCUCUUCCGCAAAGCCAUCCAGGAGGGGAUGUCACCGGAAGUGGGGCACCGCCUCGAUGAGGUGGUGGGACUGAACACCAUGACACACAGACAGUUUGUGGAUCACGUGGUGCACGCUGUGGACAGGCAGCGGAAAGAAAGGAAAAAGCUGGAAGAUCAAACAAAAGACAUUCAAAGGAAGCUACUGCAGUUGCAGCUGGAGGAGCUGAGAGCCAAAGAAAAAAAGGCGAGAGAAAUAACGGAGCUGAGAGCCAAAGAAAAAGAGGCGGAAAAAGUGGCAUCUGUGAAAAUACAGUAUAUGGACAAUGAAUUCUUUAACUUCAAAGCCACCCCCCCGCCUGAACCAUGGAGCAGCCGGAUGGUGCCCCGGCCGACGGUGGUCUACGACUUCUCCGGCAUCCCUCACCCAGUGGCCAUGCAAGAUACAAAAGAACAGUGCAUAAGGGGGGCAAAGGGGGGACACAAGGUGUCCAGGAAGAAGCUGCAGCUCUGCUCUCAGAAAACGGGGAGAGCGGAGGGACUGCGGGCGCUGACACCAGCCCAGGGAGCAACAACACCAACAGUGCCCCUACGGGUCCAGUACGAGAAUCGCAGGCCGGCUUUCCAGUGGAGUAACGCGCAGACCGCGUACUCUGGAUUGGAAGAUAUACCAGGAGCCCACCAACUACGAGGACUGCGGCAACACAUCGUGCUAUGAACCAACUUGUUAAGAAACUGUGUAUAACUUUGUGGGGUCAUUUAGAAUAAUAUAUACAGCUUUGAUAUGUAUAAUCAAAUUUUGCGACUAGAGAGAGUGUUGGAGGAACCAUGGGAACAACGUUACAUUGAGGAAUCUGAUACAUUUGGAUGCUGCUAUGGCAGCAGGGGAUGCACAGGCACCCAACAUAAUAUACAUGGGGUGGUGCACACCCGACACUGACUGACGCUGAGAAUAAGAAUACAGCGAGGGGUGUUUUUCGGGGCCAUGAGGUUUGACCCCGAAAGGGGGGAACGUAGGAGAAUUUUGAGACUCCCCAUGAGUGUGAUGACGUCACAUGUUAAAGUUUUUUUGUUAAAGGGUAUUCCUGUCAAUGUUGAUCAGACUGUUUCCUCCAAACUCUCAAUGCUUCAUGAUAAAAAUUAUAUACACUCAUAUAUCACAUGUAUAACUAUAUACUAAUAUAAUCAAUAUGUAAUCCAAUAACUCUAUAUCAGUAGUUGCAGCAAAGCUUAUGGUAACGCAAGAAACCACAGUAUCCACUGUAGAAAAAAGGCAAACGCAGAAGGCUUAAGAAAAAUCAUACUUACUCAUUAAGCAGAAAACACUAAUCGAAUAAUAAUUCCAGCAGAUAACACUAACCAAAAGCUAAUCAUAUAUACUAAAAAUAUAAUCCAAAAAACUAACAAAACGUUAUUACCCAAUAGAAAUAUGCUAGAAAACUUAGAAAACUAAUACUUUACAGUGACCCCUGUGUAACCUGAAUAAAAAGAAAAAGUACAGGAGGCUAUAACUCUGUGAACUUGUAUGUGUAAUGGAAAAAUACAGAAAGCAAUGACGUGUAUGCAUAGUGAAAAAGUACAGAGUAAGGGAAAAUUGGAAAAAUACAGACAGCAAUGACGUGGUGUCUGCGUAGUGGGAAAGUACAAAGUAAGGGAAGAUUGGGGUACCUGUCCACUGAUGAAGAUUAAUUAAGAACAUCAAUAGAUUAAUUAAGAACAUCAAUAGAACCAAAAAUCAGUUUUGGGGCACCUGUCCACUAUGAUAAGAUUAAUUAUUGAUACAUUAAGAACAUCAUAAGGACCGAAAAUCAUUUUUGUGCCAAAAAAGUCAAGUUGACCCACGAACAGGAAAGUGAAACUCCUUACUGUGCCAGAAAAGACCAGAUGGCUGAUAUUUUUAGAAAUAUGUUAAAGGGGGGUUGUGGGCACAAUUUGUGUAUAAAAUGUAUGCAAAACUGACAAUUGAGGUUCAAUUCCCCUGAAUUGAUCCGGCUUUGUGCACCUGUGCAAUAAAGUCUAAACUUUCUGAAGAGC